AUGGGAAUUGAGUCAAGAUGGAAGGCAACAGCCUUGCUAACUUGGCUUCUUGCUGCAGAUACGGUACACUGUUCGCCAAAUCUUCGUGUUGGUGUUGUCGUAGAGAAGAUUCUCCAACAAACAGACACACAGCCGGCGAGGGCUUUUGAGACACAGUACCCUCCAUCAAACGAGGAAUACAGAAUUCUUAUCCCGCAAGCUUCGCCAAUUUAUCGUGUGGCAUUGGAGAACGCAGGUCAUCCAUCACAGGCUCCCUUCCCACCAGUUGACAUUGGCGACAUUAUCGCGAGUGUUACUGGAUUGGUGAAAUCUCAAUCGACUUACAAGCACAAACAACAUCAUCCUACUACCACUGUAGUAAAAACUACAGCAGAAACACCUAAAAUAACACCACCUUCAUUGACAAAAGUUCAAAUUCCCACUGAUAUACCUGACCAUUAUUCCAGCAUGGAUAACCAAGAUAUCUUUCGGCCUGUCGCCAUGGGGCCGCCCCCGGCGAAUAUCAAAAGUCGCCAUGAUCACCCCGUUUCCAACAAUCACGCCAACACUUCAGAGCCAGUUCAAACAAACAAGUUCUACGCGGGUCUAUUUCUUGGAAGUCAGACUAAUGCUAGCUUUACGCAGCCUUACUCCCUUGGAUGGUCUAAGGGCGCUGGCACUCUGAAGAGCUGGGGUAUGUCGGCAACCCACAUUGAGGCAAAUGUGGUGGCAUUUGGCCCGAAGAACGACAAGAUCCCUGGUUCACCUGUCGACUACUAUAUCAAUCCCGUUGGGCUUCAACAUAUGAUUCUCUCCGCAAAGGAGUUGGAUGCGUCAAGCGUCCUAAGUGUCGAAGAGCCCAAGGCAUUCUCUGCCCAUGCAGUCUUGAGGCGAUCUGCUGGAUCUCCUCGGUCGAUCACGUUCCCCGUUGUCCAGGGUAUGGGCUACAUCACUGGCGUGUACAAGGAUCUCCAGCCAUUGAUUGAGAGUGGCGUGUUCUUCCGUAAAGUGGUGAAUGCAGGGUCACCUAAGCCAGGUAUCUUCAAGUAUCAAGUCAUUUUGGAGGACGAUACUCAUUGGCUUCUGUAUGCCGCCCCCGAGGAUGGCCAAGAUCCUAAACUCAAGCUUGCCUCGCAGUCUAGCAUCCAUGGUCCAAAGGGAUUCUCUGGUAGUAUCCAGGUUGCCAAGAACCCUGCAGGGAAGGCAGGUGAGAAGUUCUACGACAACUCUGCUGGCGUUUAUGCCGUGGGUGGCCACAUCACCGGCUCCGUCACCGAUGACGUUGGCACAUACAGCCUUUCGUGGAUCAAGGCUGGAAAGCACGCACAUCAGAGUCCACUCAUCACGUUUGCCUUGCCACACCACAUUCAGUCCUUUGAUCGCAACACCCAGGCUCGCGUGACUAAUAUUCAUCUGCGAAGCACUACCAAAGGUAAUGCAACUGCAGUAAUUGGCGAGACCUGGACUAUGACCGAGGAAGAUCUACCGAUCGACAUCGAAUUUGCUCCCUGGUCGACCGCCGAUGGAACUGCGAACACCCUGUCUCAAAGCGCCCAGGAAGCUAUCCUCAAAUUUGCCCCUAUAGAAUUGCAGCAAGACAUCGGCGUCCAAAGCGAUCUGAACAGCAUGUACUACAGCGGCAAGGCUCUGAGCAAGUUUGCUACCUUGAUCUACACUGCCAAUCAGUUUAGCAACGACGCUGAUAUGGCUGAUAUGGCUAGUGGAGCUUUCCAGAACCUGACGAAGAGCUUUGCACGCUUUGUGGAGAACAAACAACAGUUCCCACUGGCCUAUGAUGCUGUAUGGAAGGGUGCUGUGUCCACUGCUGGUUACGCUGGAGAUUUGAAUUCCGAUUUUGGAAAUACCGCCUACAACGAUCACCACUUCCACUAUGGGUAUUUCAUUCAAGCUGCUGCUAUUAUUGGUGCUCUCGACCCCUCUUGGCUUGCCAAGAACAAAGACUGGGUUAACAUGCUGGUUCGCGAUGCGGGCAACUCGGUGGAAAAUGACCCUUACUUCCCCUUCUCACGUGGCUUUGACUGGUACAAUGGCCAUUCCUGGGCAAAGGGGUUAUUCGAGUCCUAUGAUGGCAAGGAUCAGGAGUCUACCUCCGAAGACACCUUGUUCGCUUAUGCUGUGAAGAUGUGGGGACGUACAAUUGGGGAUGCCAGCAUGGAGGCCCGUGGUAACAUGAUGCUGGGAAUCAUGCGACGAAGCCUCGAUAACUAUUUCCUGAUGCAGGAUAAUAACAUCAAUCAGCCAGCGAACUUUAUUAAAAACAGGGUGACCGGCAUCCUCUUUGAGAACAAGGUUGACCACACAACCUAUUUCGGUAACAACCUCGAAUUCGUUCAAGGAAUUCACAUGUUGCCCCUCCUCCCACACUCUGCCUACAUCCGUCAACGCAGUUUUGUCGCACAAGAGUGGAAAGACAUGUUCUCCGCCACAGCCUCCACCCCAGCCUCCCAAGUCGAGGGUGGUUGGAAAGGUGUGCUACAUGCCAACCUGGCCCUCAUUGAUCCGGAUGCAUCUUGGGAUUUCUUCUCUCAAGAAAAUUUCAACUAUAGCUGGAUUGAUGGCGGUGCAUCACGAACCUGGUACCUUGCUUACGCUGCAGGUUUGUUCUUCUAG